GUUGGCGCGGGUGGAGUGCGUGGGGCGAGGGGGGUGUCUCUCUGCGGUGAUCCGGGUUCCUGUCUGCUGCGGCGGGACCCGGCAGCGAGCGGCGACACCAGCGACGGGGAACAACGAAGGGGGUUGCCAUGGUGAUGGCGGUGGAGGACAGCAUGGUACAGGUCGUGGUGCGGGUGCGACCCCCCACCCUGAGGGAGCUGGAGAGUCAGCGGCGGCCUGUGGUUCAGGUGGUGGAUGAGCGGGUGCUGGUGUUCGACCCUGAGGAGACCGACGGGGGCUUCCUUGGCCUGAAAUGGGGCAGCACCCACGAGGGCCCCAAGAAGAAAGGCAAAGACCUGACGUUUGUCUUCGACCGCGUCUUUGGCGAGGCAGCCACCCAGCAGGAUGUGUUCCAGCACACCACCCACGGCAUUCUGGACAGCUUCCUGCAGGGCUACAACUGCUCUGUGUUUGCCUAUGGGGCCACCGGGGCCGGGAAGACACACACCAUGCUGGGAAGCGAGGGGGACCCCGGCAUCAUGUACCUGACCACCAUGGAACUGUACAGAAGGCUCGAGGCCCGGAGGGAGGAGAAGCGAUUCGAGGUGCUCAUCAGCUACCAGGAGGUGUACAACGAGCAGAUCCACGACCUCCUGGAGCCCAAGGGACCCCUUGCCAUCCGUGAGGACCCCGACAAGGGGGUGGUGGUGCAAGGACUUUCCUUCCACCAGCCGACCUCGGCCGAGCAGCUGCUGGGGAUGCUGACCAGGGGGAACCGGAACCGCACGCAGCACCCCACUGACGCCAACGCCACGUCCUCCCGCUCCCACGCCAUCUUCCAGAUCUUCGUGAAGCAGCACGACCGGGUCCCCGGUCUGACCCAAGCCCUCCGGGUGGCCAAGAUGAGCUUGAUUGACCUGGCCGGCUCAGAGCGCGCAUCCAGCACCCACGCCAAGGGGGAGCGGCUGCGGGAGGGAGCCAACAUCAACCGCUCGCUGCUGGCCCUCAUCAACGUCCUCAAUGCCCUGGCCGAUGCAAAGGGCCGCAAGUCUCACGUGCCCUACCGGGACAGCAAGCUAACCCGCCUGCUCAAGGACUCCAUCGGGGGCAACUGCCGGACGGUCAUGAUUGCCGCCAUCAGCCCCUCCAGCCUGGCCUAUGAAGACACUUACAACACCCUUAAGUACGCCGACCGGGCCAAGGAGAUCAAACUCUCGCUGAAGAGCAACGUGAUCAGCCUGGACUGUCACAUCAGCCAGUACGCCACCAUCUGCCAGCAGCUCCAGGCUGAGGUGGCCGCCCUGAGGGAGAAGCUCCGAACAUAUGAGGCAGCAGCCCAGGCCCCGCAGCAAGACCCCCCACCAUCCCCCAAGUUGGGCCCUGGUCCGCACCAACUCUGCCCCUCACCUUCCUGCCUUCCCAGCCAGCCCUGCACCCCAGAGCUCCACCCAGGGUCACCAGUCCUUCAAGAGGGGACCCUGGGGACAGAGGCCCAGGUGGCAAAGGUCGUGGAAGGGAACACUUCAGAGCAGCCCCCAAAGGACAAGGAGGAAGGCCCGGCUGCAGAGGUUCCAAUCCAGGUGCCAGAGCAGAACCUCAGACACCCGUCGCCAGGGUCCCCUGACCUGACCCUGCAGCCCAAGCCAGUCGUGGGCCACCUGCCACCACAGAGCCUGAGUGGGGACCGUUCUGAACGGUUGGCCCUGAGGGUGCUGUGCCUGGCCCAACGUCAGUAUUCCCUGCUCCAAGCAGCCAACCUCCUGACCCCCGACAUGAUCGCAGAGUUUGAGACCCUGCAGCGGCUGGUGCAAGAGGAAAACAAGGAGCCUGGAGGAGAGGCCUCUGGGGAGCCUGGCCCGGCCAGGGGGGCACCUCUGGCUCAGGAAUUCAGUUUAGUAUCCAAGUCUCCAGGAUACUCUGGCCCCGUGACCCGGACCAUGGCAAGGCAACUCAGCGGUCUCAUACACACUCUGGGCGUCCCGCCUGGGCCGGACCGCACCCCAGCCCAGGCGUCCCAGCAGCCCAGAGAGAAGAAGAGGAGGAGACUGAGUCCCUUGGAGCCAGACAGCCCUCCAGCCCCAAAGCCUGGGACCAAGCGCCAGCGCCAGUCCCUCCUGCCCUGCCUGAGGAGGGGGUCCCUGCCUGAGGCUCGGCCUCCCUGCGGGCCCGCCACCCCCCCGAGGGGGAAGGUCUCCUCCCCCCGCCCUUCCCCUCGCUUCUGCCCAGCCACAGUCAUCAAGAGCCGGGUGCCCCUGGGCCCCUCCGCCUUGCAGAACUGCUCCACCCCUCUGGCCCUGCCGGCGCGGGACCUCAAUGCCACCUUUGACCUCUCCGAGGAGCCCCCCUCAAAGCUGGAUUUCCACCAAUGCCAGGGCUGGGACAGUGUCCCCCAGGACCUGAACAGGCUGGAUCAGCCCUUCAUUCCCAGUGGCCCCAUGCCCCUGUUCACCAUGAAGGGCCCCAAGCCAACAUCUUCCUUCCCCAGGACCUCGGCCCGCAAGAAGAGGCGCGUCCUGAGUUCCUCCGUCUCCCGAUCGCUGGGAGUGGCUCCGGGCCGCAGCCGCAUCGCCCGCCUCCCCAGCAGCACCUUGAAGAGGCCAGCGGGACCCCUGGCUGUCCCAGAGCCCCCCUCCAGUCCCCACUGCCUUGGCCACCAGAGGAGCCAGAAGGAACUGAUGGGGGUUGGGGGAACGAUGUCAGCUGGCAGCUGCUCCGCCAAGGUGUCCUGACCUCCAGGCCCCUCUUGGUCCUGGGAGCUGCCUGCACCAGGAGCCCGGAACUGCCUUCCUCGGCUCAGAGCAAUUAAUGCCAACGCCCUCUUCCUUUAUUAACCUUCUUCCCCCAGCCAUGCAUUCUGCUCCUCAGCCUCUUUAUUAGUCUCUGUUACACUCGGCUUCUCGGCAUGUAUGUAUUCAUUUGUGAGUGUUAACGUGUUGCUAUUUUAGAGGGUGCUACCACGGUCCCCCUCUAGCUUAUAAUGCCCUCUGUGCAGGAAGGGGGCUUGUGGGGGCUUUCUUGCCCAAAACGAUGAUGGUGCCUUGACUUCUAAGUGAAGAUAGUUUAUUGUUUUCGCCUAUUGUACACAGAAUACACACUCAGCAUAAAGAGAAGUGUAAAGAAGAAAGGGCAAUUUAGCCUUAAUGCUACCAUCCAGACGUAAGAGCUGUUAAUACUUAGGUUUAUAUCUUCUGAUCCUUUAUUUCUGUAUAUAUACAUAUAUAUGUGUGGGUAGA